AUGGCUGCCCUAGCUAGUCUACCGUCUGGCUCCGCUGCAGUUGGCCUCGCUCGCAUAAAUCAGAGUGAGAAAAGAAAGGCCGUUUGUCGAAAUUCCAGAGGUUUGGAGAUGCAUUGGCAAGCCCUAACCAUUCGUUCCCCAUUAGUUGUCCGUUCGAACUAUGACGUGUUCUUGAAUUUCAGAGGGGAAGACACUCGUGACGGCUUCACUGAUCACCUUUAUAACAAGCUAGUAGAUGCUAAAUUCUCCGUGUUCAAGGACGAUUCGGAUCUCCUCGCUAAGCGGAUAGUGCUGGGGAUUUUCGAGGCCAUCAAGAAUAGUAAGAUCGCGAUCCCCAUCAUUUCCAAAAAUUAUGGGGAUAGUAAAUGGUGCCUCAAUGAACUCCACCAGAUUAUGGAUUGCCGCAGACAGCAGGGCCAAGUAGUCCUGCCUAUAUUCUAUGACGUGGAUGUCUCUGAUGUACGUGAGCAAAGGGGGGAGUUUGGAAAGGGUUUUAGGAAACUGGCGAAACACCAUUCGCCGGAACAAGUGGAAAAAUGGAAAGAAGCGCUGAGGUCUGUCACAAGGAUUAAAGGAUGCUCAUUACGGGAGGAUGCUGAUGGGCGUCAGGGACAGCUGGAGGAAAUGGUGUUUAAAACGGUUUCGAGUAUAUUGAGACGGCCGUGGAUCGAACGAAUCCCCAUGUUUCGUAAGUAUUCUCUGACAGCUUUGGCCUCCCUUCAAUUCCCGCAUAGAGAAUGCAUGUGAUGUUCGCGGAGUUCAUGGCCUUAUACCGAUUCGGUGGCUUUUUAAAGUUACCUUGUUCUUUUGAAAUUUCGUACGAUUACUGUUAGGUUAUAUCUUAUCACAAUGGCUUUGAUUUGUCGUGCUGCAUUGUCGGGAAGAAAAGAAAAAAAAAAUAUGUACGAAGUGUUCCCAAUCUCUAGCCCUCCUGCUACAAAGAUCUUUACUUCUCACCUUGCUCGCCACCUCGAGUGUAAAAAUAUCAGUGUGUUCAGAGAUGAUGAUCAAUACCUCAUUGGUAAAGAUUCUGAUCUCGAGGUUCGGAAUGCCAUGGACCACUGCAAGAUAUUUAUUCCAAUCAUCUCUGAAGAUUUUGCCUCAUCUCCUGACUGUCUCGAUAAACUAGCUCAAAUGUUCAAAUGCGUUGAAGAAAAAGGGCAGAAUAUUUUGUCCAUCUUCUAUGGAGUGGAGCCCUCGCAAGAGAAAAAAUUACGGUAUCGUUUUUGGAUGGACAUGCUGCGGCAUAAAGUUCCGCAA